GAAAUUCUAAUUAUGAACAGUAAUUAUGGAACUUGCAAAGCGCAUGGAUUUACAGCAUAAUAUUUGACCACAUUAUCGGAGGCAUAUUUCACAAAAAAUGCCUUGUUGAUGUUACCACUACUGACCUUGACCUAGAUGCGAAGUUCAUGUUUAUCAGUGGUGCACGGUGCUGGAGGGAGACCAGGUGUAAACCGACUCUGGUCAUUUUUCUCAAGAGUUUUCAUGGUUCCCUGGCGGCUUACGUGUCAAAAUGUUUCGUAGCUUAAGGACUCUGUACCGAUUGUCUCACAAACGCAUGUACGAGAGUGCAAACUCCAUUAGACUGCUGCAGACACAGGUUAAUAGAAAGGAGAUCCAAGAUGAUGUUUUGAAGGCUUUUGCAUCUGUUGUUGGAGAGAAGAAUGUGUCCACUGCUAAAGCUGUGAGAGAGCAUCAUGGGAAGGAUGAAUCUUAUCAUGGCAUUUUUCCACCUGAUUUAGUCGUCUCCCCAGGGAGCACGGAGGAAGUGUCUGAAUGUGCCAAGAUAUGCUACGCUGAGGGGCUUCCCAUCAUUCCCUUUGGCUCUGGAACAGGUCUGGAGGGAGGCGUCACAGGAGUCAAGGGUGGGGUAACAUUUGACUUGAUGAGGAUGGACCAGAUAGAGGAAGUACAUGUUGAGGACUUUGAUGUAGUUGUCCAGGCAGGAGUGACACGGAUGGCUCUUAACCACUAUCUCCAUGACACAGGCCUAUGGUUUCCCGUGGACCCUGGGGCUGACGCCUCUCUCUGCGGCAUGUGUUCCACAAGUGCAUCUGGCACCAACGCUGUCCGCUACGGUACCAUGCGUGAGAACGUCAUGAACUUGGAGGUGGUCCUCAGUGAUGGAAGAGUUAUCCACACAGCAGGGGAGGGGAGGAGAACGAAAAAAACUGCAGCUGGAUACAAUAUGACCAACCUAUUUGUUGGCUCUGAGGGAACUCUUGGCAUCAUCACCAAGGCCACAAUAAAACUUUAUGGACAACCAGAGAGUACUAUAUCAGCAGUUUGUCACUUUCCCUCAGUAAAGGCAGCAGUUGAUACAACAGUUCAGACACUGCAGUGUGGAAUACCCAUGGCUAGAAUUGAGUUUCUAGACGAGGUUCAGAUGAUGGCAUGUAACAAGUUCAGUCACCUUGACUACCAGGAGUCCCCCACCCUGUUCCUGGAGUUCCAUGGCUCAGAGUCUGGGGUGGAGGAACAGGCAAAGGCUGUGGCUGAGAUAGCAGAGUAUAAUGAAGGUUCAGGGUUUCAGUGGGCCAAAGAGCCAGAGGUGAGAAAUAAACUGUGGAAGGCCAGACAUGAUGCUUACUAUGCCUGCAUUGCACUGAGGCCAGGAUGUAAGGCUAGCAUCACGGAUGUCUGUGUUCCAAUAUCAAGGUUACCAGAAUUAAUUACAAUCACCAAGGAAGACAUACAAAGCUCCUCAGUUGUUGGUCCCAUAGUUGGCCAUGUUGGAGAUGGUAACUUUCACACUGUGCUGGUGUUUGACCCAGAUAACCCCAAAGAGGUGGAAGAGGUCAAAGGUCUCACAGACAGGAUGGCUAUGCGUGCGCUGGAGAUGCAUGGCACCUGCACAGGUGAACAUGGGAUUGGCUUGGGCAAACGCCACUUUUUAGAGAAGGAGAUAGGGGCAGUUGGGGUUCAAGUGAUGAAGGAAUUGAAGGCAGCCCUCGAUCCCAAGGGGAUCAUGAAUCCUGGGAAGAUUUUUAUGGACUGAUGAUAUAAAAUUCUGGAUCACUUCUGGAUUUAGGGAGAAGAAAAAAAUCAUAAUCAAGAGUCACAAGCAUUAUCUGAAGGAACUGCUACAUGAUUUCAGUUUCACUAAAAGUGGAAAGUUGUUAUGCAGUUUAUUUAAACAUGAACUGAUAAAAGUUGAGUUACAAGGUGAAAAUUAGAAACAUUGCUAUAUAAAUGAAAAUGGUGCUGUAUGGAAAUCAUCUAAGGGAGCUGUGUGAUGUGGGGAUUACCUUUAAAGCAGUAAAAGCUUUAAAGGUAAUCU